AUGGUCAUGAAAGUCUGCUUCGUGACUGUGGGGGCCACGGCGGCUUUUCCUGAACUCAUCGCCGCAGUCGCCAACGAGCAGUUCUUUAAGCUGCUUGCUGAGAAGAGCUUCACUCAUCUCUUUGUCCAAUAUGGAGCUCACGGACGUGAACAAUUUGACUCAUGCCUAGAUGGGCAUUACCCAGGCGAUGCAUUCUUCCAUGGUAUCGAUGUGACAGGUUUUGACUUCCAGAAGGACCUGAGUGACUAUAUGGGCAUGGCCAUGGAGAAAAAGCCCUACAGUAGACCUCAUCAACACCAGGAGCUUGGUCUGAUGAUCAGCCAUGCUGGCACUGGAACAAUCCUUGAGGGUCUGCGCUGUGGUUUACCGCUGAUCAUUGUGCCAAAUCCCAAGCUGGCUGACAACCAUCAGGAGGAACUAGCGAUCCAAAUGGAAACCCUUGGAUAUGGCGUUAUGGCCCGGGCAGAAGAUGUUAUGUCGGCCAUCGAUAAAGCCACUGAUCAACGUGUGAAGAGGUUCUCACCCAUGAAGAUUGAGAGCGCGGACAACAUUAUGCUUUCCUUGCAUGACCAGCUCCAAUAUGUCGAUUAA